AUGUUUGAUUGUAUGGAUUUGCUAGCGGUGAGCCCGGGACAAAUGUUGGAUUUCUACACUUCGAGUCCCUCUUCGUGCAUGCUACAAGAGAAGGCACUGAAAGCGUGCUUCGGCGGGCUCGCUCAGAGAGACUGGCAACACCGCCGGAGCGCACAGUCCAUCGAGACCCAGAGCACCAGUUCUGAGGAGCUGGUCCCAAGCCCCCCGUCCCCCCUGCCCCCGCCCCGCGUCUACAAGCCCUGCUUCGUGUGCCAGGACAAGUCCUCGGGGUACCACUAUGGUGUCAGCGCCUGCGAGGGCUGCAAGGGUUUUUUCCGUAGAUCCAUCCAGAAGAACAUGGUGUACACAUGUCACCGGGACAAGAACUGCAUCAUCAACAAGGUGACCAGGAACCGCUGUCAGUACUGCCGGCUCCAGAAGUGCUUUGGUGUGGGCAUGUCCAAAGAGUCUGUCCGGAAUGACCGCAAUAAGAAGAAGAAGGAGAGUCCCAAGCCAGAGCUGACAGAGAACUACGAGCUGAGUGCAGAACAAGAGGCCAUCAUAGAGAAGAUACGCAAGGCUCAUCAGGAGACCUUCCCAUCGCUCUGCCAGCUGGGGAAAUACACCACGAAGUCGAGUGCGGAACAACGUGUGAGGCUGGACCUGGGCCUGUGGGAUAAGUUCAGUGAGCUGGCUACUAAGUGCAUUAUAAAGAUCGUGGAGUUUGCCAAACGAGUGCCUGGCUUCACAGGACUCACCAUAGCUGACCAGAUCACGCUGCUUAAAGCUGCCUGCCUUGACAUACUGAUUUUGCGUAUCUGUACGCGGUACACUCCGGAUCAGGACACCAUGACGUUCUCAGACGGGCUGACCCUGAACCGGACCCAGAUGCACAACGCAGGCUUCGGCCCGCUCACUGACCUGGUGUUCACUUUCGCCCACCAGCUGCUGCCCAUGGAGAUGGACGACACAGAGACAGGCCUGCUCAGCGCCAUCUGCCUCAUCUCUGGAGACCGUCAGGACCUGGAGGAACCCUCUAAGGUCGACCAGCUCCAGGAGCCUCUACUGGAAGCUCUGAAGAUCUACGUGAGGAAGAGGAGGCCUAGCAAGCCACACAUGUUCCCCAAGACCCUGAUGAAGAUCACUGACCUCCGCAGCAUCAGCGCCAAAGGUGCGGAGCGGGUCAUUUCGCUGAAGAUGGAGAUCCCUGGCUCCAUGCCUCCUCUGAUCCAGGAGAUGCUGGAGAACUCAGAGGGCCAAGACGGCCAGAGCAGCACCGAGGGCGAGGACGGCAGCAGCCCCAAGAAGGGAAUCCCUAAGGGGGGUAAACCCUGCCCUGUGUCCACUGACAGUGACCCAGAUGCUUCAGACAGUGACGGGCCCAUAGCGGCCCCCAAGGAGGAGGAGGAAGAGGACCCCUAG